AUGUCGUCCACCUUUCUCGCCGACUCGGAGGCUCCAAUUGUCUUCCUUUCAGCCAAGAAACACUUCGACCAAUUGCCUACCAACAAUGCCAAAGUUUAUGCCCACCACUUGUCUAGAGCCGCCCAUUGGGGAACCAGAGCGGUAUUGCGUUCUGUUUCUCCCGAAAGUGAGCCAAUCUACGAUCUUAUAAUUGGGGUCCAUCGCGCGUUUGCUUCGCCAAAAACACCCGAGGAGUAUGUUCUCAAGGUCAACGAGGGUGCCGCGGAAUCUGUGAACGAGCAAGCUGUCACUCAGUACUUGGAGUAUGCCUCGCAGUUUCUUGCCAAUUUGGGUAACUACAAGUCGUUCGGUGACAAGAAAUUCAUCCCAACGUUGCCCGCCGAUGCGUUCUCGUCAAUUGUUGCUGCCACUGGUAAGGACCCCUUGAAGGACUUGUACGCGGCGAUCUCGGGUCCAUUAUACUCCACGGAGCCGGGCCUUUUGGGCUGGCCAGAAAGCGGCCAUUUGUCCAACUACUAUCCUCAUUCCGAGAAGACCAUCACUAAGGAGGAGGUCGAGGCUGUCAACUCGUUCUUGGCCUCCAAGGGUAUCAUGCCUGAGAACACCAGAGUUACCAAAGAUUCUGACGAGAAGUUUAUUGUCCAUGUUGCAAGCGCCAAGACCACUAACGAAACAGGUUAUUAUCCCGAUGAGAUCCUUAAAUUGGCCAACGGGGCUAUCAUCGUCUUCAGAUUUGGAGACCAUUCCAAGGAGUUUGCGGAGAUCGUCAAGCACAUGGAAGCAGCUAAGAAAGUUGCCGCCAAUGACACUCAAUCUGAGAUGAUUGAAUUCUACAGAGAAUCGUUUGACACUGGGUCUAUGAACGCCCACAAAAAAUCCCAAAUCAUGUGGGUCAAGGAUAUUGGUCCUCAGGUCGAAUCAAACAUCGGUUUCAUUGAGACAUACAGAGAUCCCUCGGGUGUCCGUGGUGAGUGGGAAGGUUUGGUUGCAAUGGUCAACCAGGAACGUACCGCCAACUUUGCCACCUUGGUCAAUAAUGCAUCGUCCCUCAUUCCUCAUUUGCCUUGGGACCUGUUCUAUGAGAAGGACAAGUUUGUUCCUCCUGAUUUCACCUCUCUUGAGGUCCUCACAUUCGCUGGUUCUGGUUGCCCAGCUGGUAUCAACAUCCCUAACUAUGAUGAUGUCAGAUUGAAUGUCGGGUUCAAGAAUGUUUCUUUGGGCAAUGUGUUGAAUGCGGAACCAAAAAAGCCAAAGAAGGAGGAGAAGAUAUCAUUCAUCAACUCGUCGUUGCAAGAUAAGUACCGUAAAUGGAGAGGUGAGGCAUUUGAGGUUCAAGUUGGCUUGCACGAAUUGCUCGGACACGGAACCGGAAAAUUGUUGCAAGAGACCUCUCCCGGUGAGUUUAAUUUCGAUAAAGACGCUCAUCCAGAAAUUAAGACAUAUUAUGGACCAGGAGAGACUUGGGGAUCUCUCUUUGGUGCUGUCGCUGGUUCCUUUGAGGAGUGUAGAGCCGAAUUGGUCGCCUUGUUCCUCAUUUUGUCUAAGCCCAAGGAAGUUCUUCCAAUCUUUGAUAUCAAGGAGGAAGACUUCGAGGAUGUGAAGCUCAUUUCGACUGUUUUGAUGGCCAGAGCUGGUAUUGUCGGUUUGGAAUUCUGGGACCCAUCGUCAAAGAAAUGGGGUCAACCACACAUGCAAGCCAGGUUUGGUAUUUUCAAGAGCCUUUAUCGCGCUGGCGUUGUAACUCUCAAACAUACCGAGAGCGAUUACGACGACUUGGAGCUCGAAGUCGAUCCAACGAAGCUUGACAACGAAGCUGUCGAGGCCUUGAAGGACUUUUUGCACAACUUGCAUGUGUACAAGACCACUGCUAAUGUCAAAGAGGGUACUGCUUUCUUCAACGAGAUGACCGAGGUAACUGAGGAGUUUGCAAAGUUCAGAGAUGUGGUAUUGAAGAAGAAGUUGCCCAGAAAGCAGCUCAUCCAAGCCAACACUUUCUUGAACUGCGACGAGGUCGAGGUCCGUGAAUAUGAGGAGUCGGAGAUUGGAAUGAUCCAGAGUUUUGCCGAGAGAGAAAUCUAA